AUUUGAACUUUAAAUUUCUCUUUCUCUCUCUCUUCUGAAUGCCAGGAUUUCAAAAUUCAAAAAGUAUUCCUCGAUCCAAUUCCAUAUAAAGUUAUAAACCCAAAUCCCAAAUUCCAUGCACUCUUAAUUUGGCAUCUCAAAUUUCCUUUUACAACAAAGUCCCCAAAAACAACUACUAAGGAAACUCAUAUGGGGGCGUAUAGAGCCGACGAUGACUACGACUACCUAUUCAAGGUGGUGCUAAUCGGCGACUCCGGCGUCGGCAAGUCCAAUCUGCUUUCCAGGUUCACCAGAAACGAGUUCAGCCUCGAGUCCAAGUCCACCAUCGGCGUUGAAUUCGCCACGCGAAGCAUUCACGUCGACGAUAAGGUCGUCAAGGCCCAGAUUUGGGACACCGCCGGCCAAGAAAGAUACCGUGCAAUCACAAGUGCGUACUACCGAGGAGCUGUUGGUGCAUUGCUUGUUUAUGAUGUCACUAGACAUGUCACUUUUGAGAACGUGGAGAGAUGGCUAAAGGAGCUUCGGGAUCAUACUGAUUCCAACAUUGUGAUCAUGCUUGUUGGAAACAAGGCAGAUUUGCGUCACUUGCGUGCAGUUUCGACCGAGGAUGCCACUGCAUUUGCCGAGAGAGAGAAUACAUUUUUCAUGGAGACCUCUGCCCUAGAGGCCUUGAAUGUGGAAAAUGCCUUCACUGAAGUGCUCACUCAGAUAUAUCGUGUAGUCAGCAAGAAGGCUCUUGAUGUUGGGGACGACCCAGCAGCCUUGCCUAAGGGACAGACUAUUAAUGUUGGCAGUAAAGAUGAUGUAUCAGCUGUGAAAAAAGUUGGAUGCUGCUCUGCAUAGCAGUAACAAAUCGUGGAAGUCCUGGUGGUCUAAAAUAGUUUCUCCUGUUUCAAAAUUUUUUACGUUCCUAUGUGGUUUAUAACACAUCUUUGUUACAUCUUAGAGUGAGACCACAUGGAAUGCAUAGUUCAAAUGUGGUGUUAUGAGGUAAACCAAGGCUCUAGAAAUCUUGUUGGAGUUAUGCUAAAUGCCCUGGCAUUUAGUUCAUUCUCUGCCUUGGGUGCAAGCUACUCAUUCUCUGUCUCUUCUUAUAUUUUUCCCCUUUUUCUUUUUCACCUUUUGGAGUGUUAUUUUAGUUCAUAGCUGGUACGUGUCCCUUAGAUUAGGUUACAUUUGAUUGCGUCGGAUUGGAAUUUUGAGGUGUAUUGGGAUAAUUGUGUUCUUGUAUUUGAUUGAUUUACUAUAUGGUAUUAAAAUUCAUGUUUGCCUCAA